AUGAACAGUGACAAAAUUCAAACUCAACUUAUGCCAAAAGAAUGGGGUAAUUAUUUUUUAAUUAAAUUUUUAUUUAGAUAUCAAUUUUUAUCAAAUUUUUUAAUUGUUUUUUUAUUGAUUUAUUAAGUUAAGUGGAAGCCAUCUAUAUUAAAAAAUGAUGGUAAAUUGUAUAAAAUAGAAUAUAUUGUAGAAGAAAAAGAUGAAAAAAAAAUUGAAAUUGAAGAAGUCACAAAAAUAGAGGAAACAGAUGCAUCCUUCAAAAUAUAUUUUUCUGUAAAUCAAAAGAACAUUUUGAAUAGUGGUAAUUAUUUUAUACAUAAAUGUUAAUAUAAAUAUAUUAAUGAAACAUUUAUUUAAAUAAAGGUGGCAGUAUUAUCAUUAAAAAGGGUACUUUUCCUGUUAAUGCCAAGGUAACACAAAUAAAUGCUUGUAGUGAUGGUUCAACGGAAAACCUGGAAAAUAAAAGUAUUCAUCGUGCUAAAAGUACAAAAAAACUCCAUUCUGAACCCAAGUAAUAACAAAUCCAAUUUACACCAUUUGUUAUAAUUGACAAUUAUUAUUAUUUGAUAUAAUUGAUGUUACCAUUUUCAUGAUUUACAUUUAACCAUGAGUUUAAUAAAAAAAAAAGUAGAAUAAAAAAUGUUUGAAAGCACUGUUCAUCAAAUUUUAUGAUUCAUACUUUUGAAGUUAAAUAUACAAUCUACUGUUAAUUUUAUAAAAUCCAUACUAUCUCUCAUAGAAAUAAAAAAUAAUUUGUGUAUUAAAAUCCAUAUCAAAUGAAUUUUAAUGGCAUAAUUAUAUUUCUACACAAAUAGCAUUUUUGCUAAUUUUAAACCUCUAUGAUGCAAUUUUAAUAAAUUGCACUAAUCUUUUAUUUGAUUUCUAGUUCUGACUACAAAAGAAAAUUAAGAAGUAAUUCAACUAAAUUCCCUCAGAAUGAACAAAUAACAAAGGAACCUGAGCCAAAACUACAAAUUGUGAAUAAUCAAAAUAUUCCAGCUCAAAGAUUAGGUCAUUUAUUUUGUUAUUGUAUAGAAAAUUAUAAUUAUUGUUGUUAUUUAACAUUUAAUGACUUAUAUUACCCCAUAUUUCAUAAAAUCUCUACUUCCAACUUGUAACAAUGGCCUUCCCACUGUGCAAAUUGUGUCCUGUAUUUUACUCUUAUUGAAAAGAAUAUUUAUUUAUACAUUUUAAAACCAAAAAUGAACCAAAAAUUCAAACUGAUCUAAUGACAAUAAAACAGAACACCUAAUAUUUAUCAUUGCAUUUCUAAAUUUUAUAAAAUAUGAUUUUUUAAUUAGGUGAUGAAAUUACAAAAAACAUUCCUGGUAAUAUUUCUGGUGCUCAAGAAGUAUCAGUGGAAGAUCAUAGAGAAGAAACAGCUAUUAAAGUGUAAGACAUUAUUAAUUGCUUAUGUUUACCUAAAAUCAGAUAAAUAUAAUUGCAUUAGAACCUCAAUAUUNAAACUACCAAAUGCUUUAAUAUUAAAGGGUAAAAAAAUUAAAUCAAUUUUUACAACUUUAAGUUUUAAUAAUUCAUUAAAAAGAUAAUUCCUCCUUUUAAUAUUAUCGGUAAUAAUAAUUGUAAUUAUGUUUAAUUUUAAAAAAAUACAUAAAAUAUUUUGACCAGAUGUUAGAAUACAUUUUAAAUAUAGUUUAACCUAUUUCAUUUUGGUGUGUGUGUAUUAUGGAAUUGUUUUCUUUUUAUUUAUGGUCUUACAGAUCUGCAAUAUUAGUUUUUGUCAAAAUUGUUAUACAGCAAGAAAAUUGGAAUGUGUAAACUUGUACACAGUUCUUAGGUAGCUUUUUCCAACAAACAUAAUACUAUUUUUUUUUUUUACUUUAAAAAAAACAUUAUUAUCAUGUAUAGAUUGCCCAUUUUAUUUUUAGUCAAAUUAUUUUAUUAAUGGUAAAUAUUGAAUUAACAUUAAAUUCUUAUACAUUAAAUUGUAAAAGUGCACUAAAAAUGUUAAAAAUUUGUAUUUAUCCAAAAAUGUAUGUUAAAAAAAAAAAUGUAUUACUUUAAAAAAUUUGAAUUAAAAUCCAAGUUUGAUGUCCUAAGAAUAUUUUUAAUAUUUAAAGGUCAUAAUAAUGAAAACAAUACAAUUUACAAAUAAAUAACAUAAAAAAUAUUUCAGGAUUUAUUACAGUUAAACACAUAAAGGUCAUUGAGCUUUAAUAUUUGAUAUUAACUCACUCUAUAUAUAUUAUAUAUAAUACAAAUAAUUUAAUAUGUAUAAUUUUAAAUUAAGUGCAAAACCAUACAGAAUAAAAACAAGAAGUUUUGGAAUUGAAAACAGAAAAAUGAUGAGCAGUGACAACAUUCAAACUCAACUUAUGCCAAAAGAAUGGGGUAAUUAUUUUUUAAUUAAAUUUUUAUUUAGAUAUCAAUUUUUAUCAAAUUUUUUUAAUUGUUUUUUUAUUGAUUUAUUAAGUUAAGUGGAAGCCAUCUAUAUUAAAAAAUGAUGGUAAAUUGUAUAAAAUAGAAUAUAUUGUAGAAGAAAAAGAUGAAAAAAAAAUUGAAAUUGACGAAGUCACAAAAAUAGAGGAAACAGAUGCAUCUUUCAAAAUACAAUUUUCUGUAAACCAAAAGAACAUUUUGAAUNAUGAUUUUUUAAUUAGGUGAUGAAAUUACAAAAAACAUUCUUGGUAAUAUUUCUGGUGCUCAAGAAGUAUCAGUGGAAGAUCAUAGAGAAGAAACAGCUAUUAAAAUGUAAGACAUUAUUAAUUGCUUAUGUGUACCUAAAAUCAGAUGAAUAUAAUUGCAUUAGAACCUCAAUAUUUAAACUACCAAAUGCUUUAAUAUUAAAGGGUAAAAAAAUUAAAUCAAUUUUUACAACUUUAAGUUUUAAUAAUUCAUUAAAAUAAUAGUUCCUUUUAAUACUAUUGGUAAUAACAAUUGCAAUUGUGUUUAAUUUUAAUAAGGUACAUAAAAUAUUUUAAUCAGAUGACAUUGGAUUAACAAUUAACUUAUGGGAAUAUUAAAGGAUUACUGAAAUAAACAUUCUAAAAUACAUUUUAAAUGUAAUUUAACCUAAUAAUUUUAGUCUGUGUGUUUGUGAGUGUGAAUGUUUGUGGGAACAAACCUGUGCAGUUUUUUUAAACUUGUAAAGGCAUUUGGUGCAAAAUGGAAAACAACAUUUUUUCUAGUGUGCGUAUUUAGCUGUCAUUAAUUUUUGCCAAAAUUGAUUUACAAAAAAAAUUGAAACAGUUCUUGUACAGCUUUUACAGGCAAAACUUGAAUAUUAUUAUUUUUUCUCACUUUAAAACAAAAAAUAUUAUCCUGUACAAAUUGAGCAUUUUUAUCUGAUAAAAAAAAUUUGAUUAUUGGUAAAUAUUGAAUUUAUAUGAAAUUCCCAUAUGUUAUAUUGUAUAAGUGCAUUAAAAGUGUUAAAAUAAUUUGAAUUUAUCCAAAAAUGUAUAUUUCAAAAAAUAACUUAUCACUUUAUAAAAUUUGAAUUGAAAUCCAAUUUUUAUUUUCUAGUAUACUUUCAAUACAUAAAGGUUACAAUAACAAAACCAAUAUAAUUUACGAAUUAUUAACAUUAUACAUAUUACAGAAUUUACUAUUACAGUGUCCACACUGAGGUUAUCUUGCUUAAAUAUUUGAUAUUAAUUGAAGAAAUAUUAACUCCAAAUUAGUGAUUCUCUAUCUGUGGUAGGGGUACAACUAGUGGUACUAGUAUAACUUAUAGACACUUUUUGAUAAGUUUAAACAAAUUAUAAGUUAUAAUGCAGUUUAUUAAUCCAUACAUUUUACUAAAAAUAAUAACUAUACAUGUUUAAUUUUACUUUUGUGUUUUAAAUGUUUUUAUAAUUAUCUAGAUUUAAUAAUAAAAAACUCCAUACUGUAAAAUAACCCACAAAUUUUAUUUUUAGAUAAGUAAAAAAAAAGUUAAAUAAUCGUAUAAAGUGAUUAUGUGAAAAAUGUCAAAAUGUGUUAAUAGUACUUGGUUAUGAAAAGUUUGAGAACUGCUGCUCUAAAUAUAUUAUGUAUAAUAAUUAUAAUUUAAUACAUACAUUUUUAAAUUUAGUGCAAAACCAAACAGUCUAACAAAAAAAAAAAAAAAAAAUAGAACAAAAAAUGGGUGAAGGGGUUUGACACUCAGUUUUUUAUGUGGUACUCAAAUAUUUUUCUACAGAUUCUUUUAGAACUAUCUAGUUUCUAUUAGAUUUAAUAUCCUUCAAUUAAAACACUGUUUAUAAUUUGUAUAAACUUACUGACUUGACUGUGUUUUAUUUUUAUUUUGUUUUACAAAAUAAUGGCUUAUUGUUAUAAAGUUAUCAUGGCUGCAAUUCUUCUUAUUGUAGCUAGACUGUUAGGUGCUUACAAUAUUUUCUUACUACAUGAUUUAAAUUGUAUUAAUUGAUUCUUUUGAUUUGUAGUUCAAACUUAUUGAAUUCAGGUUUUAGUUCAAUCUCAAAUAAAGACAAGAAAAAGAUUAUAAAAUUGUUAAAUUUAUGUGAGCCAACAGAUGAAAUUUUUAAUAAUUCAAAUAUUGUAUCUCCAGAAUUAGGUAAUUUACUCUUAGUUAAAAAUUGCAAUAUUUUUUCAUAAUUGAAAAAUUAAUGUUUUAGUUUAUUUUAUUUUAAAUGGUGAAUCAACUUCCCUUGAAAAGGAAACUUCAACAGCAAAUUUAUGUGAGCCAACAAAUCAAAUUGUUAAUAAUUUGAAUGUUUCAUCUCAAGAAUUAGGUAAUUUAUACUUUUUUUUCUUGAAAUGUACUGAGAAUUUCCACAAUACUAAUAAUAGUUAUUUGAGCUUUCUCUUUGUGGCCCAAAAAAGUUUAUUCUACAUCUAUUGAUUAAUACUUGAUAUUCACUAUGUAUGCACACCAGUGUUAAAUUAUAUAUCAAACUAAUCAAACCCUGAUUAUACAUCAGUAUUUAUUUAUGAAUAAAUAUAUUUUAUUUAUUCAAUUCUACCCAAUUAUAUUUUUCUUCAUAUCUAUUUGCACACUUCAUGGAUUUUAUCUUUCAUCAGAAAUAAUUUCAUCUGCAUACUUCUAGAAGCUUCAUUUAAAAAUGAUUUAGUUUUAUAAAGAGCAGCUAUUCUUUUCAACUUAUUUUCAAUAGAUUCUGGAAAAUACAAUACUAUAUUUUUUUUUAAACUCUUACAUUUUUCUUAGAAUUAUUUUUAACUUUUAUUGAGUUAAAUAUUUUUUAUGAAUUGUUGUUGUAUUAGAAUCUAGAAUGGCAACAGGUAAAAUAUAUUUUUACAUUUCAUAUUCUUUCAGUCACUACUAUCAUAAUCACCAUUACCUAUCUAUCACAUACCCAUAAUCUUGUAUCUUGUUUUUCAAUUGAUUGUUCCAUUUUUUCUACAACAAGGUAGAUAUAUUGACACUUUCUAUCCACAUAGAAUAUCAAGAUUGAAACUUAAAAUCAUCUUACAUUAAUUCAUUAGUAGGUAAACAUGGUUUAUAAUUAAGUGUCAGUUACAAGACAAUGAAAACCCAGUCUUAAGGUGUGUUAAAUUUUAUAGUAUAUGUGGUUUAUAACUUAUAGUUCGCUUUGUUAUUGGGAUAACUGGUUUAACAAAACAAUCAUACAUUUAUCAGUAUAACUUAUUAGUAUACUAUGCAAUUUGAAUUAAUAACUUAAUACAAGUAACUAGAUUAAACUUGACCUUGGUAAUAUAAAGAAGUCAUAUUACACUGAUUUAGGAACCGAUAGGGAAAUGUUUAUAUUUAGUGGCAAUUCAAAAAUUCAAUUAAUUAUGUUAUCUAGGCAACUAAUAUUUUAAAUGAUAUAUCCACAAUCCCUGAUUAGGCGAAUUUGUAACAUCCACAUGGGAUAACACCACAUUCUACAAAAACAUAUGCACAAUAGAAACUAACAAUAUAACAAUACGCGCACAAUAUAUUCUAUUUAUUUGUUUCUUUAUCUGUACACAAAUCUACAGUUUUAUUCUAUUCUUAAUGAAACUUUACAAAGUUGACAUUUACAAAUUGUUUACCUCCAAAUUUAAACACACAUAGACUGACACUUGAUUUUCUUUACUUUAAUAUAAAAAUAUGAAUUUGUUUUGUUGAUUUCUGGGAUAUUUUGGUAACAAUAAUAAUAAUAAUAAUAAUAAUAAUAAUAAAAGGCAUUUAUAUUUAUUCGCAAAAUGAUAUUUUUAUCCCAACUAACUUUUUAAAUUAAACAGUACCAAAGAGUACACAAUUUAUUUUUAAUUAAAUAAUCCUCAUUAUCAAUACCUAUUUAAAUUUCAUUAAUUUUUGUUAAAUGACUCGUUUCAGUAAAUGAACCGAAUUCAAUAAUAGAACAAAUGGACAAUGAAGGAAUAGAAGAAAAGGAAAAAAUCACUGAAGACAUUACUACUGAAACAGAUGUCAUGAUAAUAGUUGAGAAUGAUCCCAUUGAUCCUAAUAAACCACGAAAAUGGAAGCAAGAGAUUACGACGAUUUGUAAAAUCACUACAAUAACUAAUAUAAAAGAAAUACAUACCUAA